AUGGGCUCUAUCGACACUACAAAUGCCCAGGAGCUCCACGAGCAGUAUCAGCCAAUCGGCGAGCUCCUGGCAGUUGCCUCAGACAUUACCCAGAAGAACAGUGCUCUCGAGCAGCUGAUUGGGAAUGGCCCAGUCACAGCUGCUGCCGAUCCUACAAUAGCAGACGUUGUCGCUGCGCUCACUGAUGCUGCUAAUGGUCCGUCAACCGAAGUCGCCAAUGGCAGAGUACCGAUGCCUCAAAAUGUGGGCAUCAUGCCGCCUUAUGAUGAGACUAGUGCUGGCCAGAACUACAACCAUCUUGUCGAAAUGUCUUCAAUUGUGUCGCUCUACACGGCAAUCUGGAAUGCCAACGCCCGGACUAAGCGUGGCCACCCCGAACCUUACAACAUCACAGUGGCAGACGAGGCGGCGCAAGCCUUUGCUGACAUGGCCAACUCGGCGUACAAUGUCAUGGUCGGCCCACUCGCGGGGUUUUUCAACUUCUCUUCCGGCACGCAGACGACCUUCUCCAAGAAGAUGACCAAGACGGACGUCCAUCUAGAGUUCUUGGGUGAGCUCUUCAAGGGCUUCAGCCUGACCAAACCGGCCCUUCUCCAGCUCGACGGUAUUCUGACAAAUUUUGUCAAGUCGCUUGGCACAGUCAGCGUUGAGACGGGCCGCACCAGCAACACUGUUGACCAGACCAUCCGCAUCAACCAGGUUGUGCGUCUUAAUGUUUCUGGGGACGAUAGCAACCCGAUCUGGGUGUUCCAACCACGCGCACGGAUCGUAUACAUGCACAUCGACGCCAGUACCUGGCGGUGGGCUACCAAAAAGGCUGACCACUCGGAGAACACAUUCAACAUGCGAUACGUCGUCGUGGACUGCGACCUCAACGUCAACAAGUACCUAGCCAGCAAGCCUAAGCUCGAGAAAGUUUUCCAAACGAUUGUCAACAAGUCCCUGCAGGAGUAUGGCAAGAUGAUCAACCCCAGUCCAGUUGAUCCCAAUGCCCAGUAG